GUUGCACGAAGGUUCGAAGAUUGUAGACCCUUCGAUUGAGAAAGAAAAUGUCCGCGACAACUUGGUCCUUAAUGGCCGGUCCGGCAAAAGCCGAAGAGCUGAGCGCGCGUCGUUGCUCUUGGUUCUUGCUCUUUUCAUAUGUCCAUCGAAACAUACUCCUUCAGCACCUCACGCUAAGACACGUCCGACACGACCAAUUUUGUCAUAGCGGCUGUGAUGAAUCCGGAUAUAGACAACUCCAGCAUCCUAUACCAUUCUAUUCGUGACGAUGUAUGCCCACCUGAAGCUAGUGACUGGUUACCUUCCGCGCUGAGUGACUGUAGCAGUGAAAGUGUUCUUGGAUCAGUUACAUUGGGCGUCGCAACAGAAGAAAACACCGUUUUCGACAUGCCAGCAAGGCUCACCAACCUAAUCCGCCUUGUCACACAAUCAUCGGCGCCGGACGCAUUUAUGCUAGAGAAUGCAAGUUUUGCGACUUCUAGACCGUGCAUACCCAACUAUCUCGACUUGGCGCGCUUUUACCCCCUAGCUCGCACUGCAGCUCUUUUGGUCAUGCAAACAGUUCGGAACGACGUGUCAGAAGAGUUUGAGAUCGGCGAUGCA